ACCACAUCAUCCAAUUUAGGUUUUUCUUCUGAAGUCUGAUCUCUCGUGCUGUAUGUGUGAUUAAUAAUAUCAUUUUAAAUAUUAACUAAAUGGAGGGGAUUGUUCCACUAACUAUGGUGUUAAUGGGUCGUACUGGGAACGGAAAAAGUGCAACUGGAAAUAGUAUUCUUGGAAAGAAGAUGUUCGAGUCAAAGAGAAGUUCUUCGGGCAUUACAAGUACUUCUGAGUUGAAAACAUGCGUACAACCAGAUGGACAAGUAAUAAAUGUCAUAGACACUCCGGGUCUAUUUGAUUUAUCCCAUGGAACAGAACACGUCACGAGGGAAAUAGUGAAAUGUUUGGAUUUAGUAAAAGAAGGCAUUCAUGCAGUUCUUUUAGUUUUCUCAGCAAAAAACCGAUUCACUCAAGAAGAAGAAGCCACCUUAAAAACCCUACAAAAUUUAUUUGGAUGUAAGAUCGUGGAUUACGCUAUUAUAGUCUUCACCGGAGGCGACGAAUUCGAUGACGACGACGAUGACAGCAGCACCUUUGACGAUUACUUACUUGGUUGUCCUGUUGCCUUAAAGGAUAUUCUAGCUGCUUGUAAAGGACGACAGGUACUUUUUGACAACAAAACUAGGAGUGGAACAAAGAAGGUUGAACAAGUGAACAAGCUUUUAAAUUUAGUGAAAGAAGUGGUAGAUCAAAACGAAGGACAACCCUUUACACAUAGUUUGUUUCUUAUAAACAAGUUCGAGGAAAGAUUGGAAGCAGUAAAAAGCAAGCUUGAGAAGCAAAUAGAAGAAGAAAAAGAAGCAAGACGUAAAGCUGAAGAACGAUUUCAAGAGUUACAAAAACAACAUGGGGAUAACAUUAAACAACUCACUGAUUUGCAACGACAAGUGUUAGAACAACAAAAAAGACAACAAGAACUGUUACAUAAGGUAGCUACACGUGAACCAGAGGUCAGAAUUUGUACUAUUAUUUGAUCACUUACAAACACUAUUAGUAUAAUAAAAAAAUACGUUACUAUAUGAAUAAAGACAUACAAUAUAUAAUUGUGUGUGCUUGUGUUGAAUAAUAUGUGUGGUAAUAAAAGUUGAACAAGGUGAGAGAAUAUUUGUAUUUGUGCCCUUUGUGUGUAUAUGUGUUUGUAAUAACCUAAAUAAAAGAUAGAAUGUAUUUGUUUCA